AUGGCAGACAAAUGGACUGGUGGACAUUCGUCCUCUAUAUUGUGCUUGAACGUAAACACGGAAGGGCUGGUGGCUUCAGGCGCAGAAAGAGGCGAGCUCGUGCUCUGGGAUGGUGGAGGCACUCCGGCAGGACAGUUCCAGCUCCCAAAGGCAGACGACGUGACCUCCAUGGUGUUUUCUCCCCGCUGUCCCAGCAGGCUGUACACCUCCCAUGGAGAAACUGUCAGUUUGCUGGAUGUUCGAUCCCUCAAGGAGCCUGUUGAACGUUUCCAUGUCAAUGAGGAGGAGAUCAACUGCCUCUCGGUGAACGAAACCGACAAUUUCUUGGCUGCAGCAGAUGACUCGGGAGCAAUAAAGGUUAUGGACUUGGAAAACAAGAAAGUCAGCCGGUCCUUGAGACACACAAACAUCUGCUCCUCUGUUGUCUUUCGACCUCAGAGGCCUCAAAGCCUUGUUUCCUGUGGGCUGGACAUGCAGGUUAUGCUGUGGAACCUGCAGAAAGCUCGUCCCCUGUGGACCACAAACCUGCAGGAGUGUGAAACAGAGGAAGACAGUCCACAGUCAACUGGCCAGUUCUUUAACCCACCGCUUGCACAUUCCCUGUCUGUUGCAUCGUGUGGCAAUGUCUUUGGCUGCGGAGCUCAAGAUGGUAAAGUUAGAAUAUUCAGAGUCAGCGGUGUCAAGUUUGAAUGUGAGCUGGAGUUUCAGGGCCACAGCUUGGGAGUAUCGCAGGUCCUCUUUAUGCCAGAAGCAUACUGGUUGUUGACUGGAGGAAAUGACGGGAAGGUCUUGCUCUGGGAUGUCAGCAGUGAUGUUGGAAAGCAGCAGCAAAGUCCAGCAAAAUCACUCCAGAGAAGGAAAGCCCAAGCACCUGCUUCCACCAGAAGAGAUGGAAAGCUCAGCAAAGUGGCUUCAAAUGAACAUGCUAGAAUUUUACCAAAGCUAACCAUUGAGCACAGAGAGAAGGUGAACUGGAUCUCAUGCGCAGAGAUCAAAGGCUCCAAGAGAGUAUUAGUUGCUGAUCAGAGUAGUUCUGUAUCUGUGUAUCCAUUGCCAGAACCUUAG